UUAAAAACAGGAGAACUAAAGAAAGUGUCAAGCCAGUGACUGAUAACUAACGUGCGAUCGUUAUCGUUUAUGAAGAGCGGUGCAUAGCUUGCCAUCUGAACAACAUCACUGCAAGGAAACAGUAAAAUGUCAGCUGAUUCCAUCUGACUCGGAUCUCGAGGCUGAUCCAAGGGUGGUUACUGCCAUACUGGUUAGUGCAAGCACAGACUGUAAUAAUACGUGAGCCAGAGCUUAAUCGGUGACACGGCUGCCAAGCAGUAAUACGUGUAUGCUUCUCACCGACUCCAACAGUACAAGUGAAGUGCCCCCUGUUUUAUCUCCCCCACCUGUGACGACCCUUCAGAGAGACAGAAGGAGGUAGUACAGUAGAGAAGUGCUUCGACGACAUCCUCGAGCAUGGAGAGCUUCAAAGAUGGAGCAGAAACUACGGAGCAACCCUUGGACAUGAAGCCAUUGCUCUCACUGGCGCCGAUGUUCCCUGCUCCUGCAGGAUAUGAUAUAGCAACUCAAUCAGGCGAUCCGCCAUUAGUUUAUGUCACACCAAUAUUCAGGUCCUGCCCUUCGUCAGAACGGCCUAUGCCUUCGUCAGAACAGCCUAGGCCAGCAGAACCAGCUUCAUUUGCUCGGCCGUCACCAGUGUCCUCAGUUCCUCUGAAGGCUAUACCAAUCUCAGCGGCAUUUCGCAAACCGCGACGCAAAGACGAAUCAUCUGAUGAAGAUUACGAUCCUUUUUGCAAGAAGAGAAAGACAUCUACACUGAAGAGGACAACCAAGAAGGUUCAGCUGGCUGGAGAUUCCAAUGCAGUCAACGUCAAGCAGAGGCCAAUAAGGAGGAGCCUCAGCAAGGAACUCGCCGGCUGGCCCUCAUCGGCAGACAGCCCAAGGGAGUCGGUGGAAGCGACUAUGAUCAUGUUCGAUUCGCUCCGGCGCCGUAUGCUGCAGUUGGAUGAGAAGGAAGAUGCUGGCAAGCGCGCCGACCUGAAGGCUGGUGCUCUUAUGAUGCAGAAUAACCUGAGGAUCAAUAGUCUGAAGAAGAUGGGUCCUGUGCCCGGUGUUGAAAUCGGAGAUAUUUUCUUCUUCAGGUUUGAAAUGUGCACCGUGGGUUUGCAUGCGCAGUCCAUGGCCGGCAUCGACUACAUGUCGUCGAAGCAUGCCGGGAAAGAUGUUUCUCUGGCUGUGAGCAUCAUCUCAUCUGGUGGUUAUGAGAACGCUGAAGACGACACAGACACCUUGGUGUACACUGGUCAGGGAGGCAAUAGCCGGUACAAGGAGAAGCAUGACCAGAAGCCUGAGAGAGGCAACCUUGCUCUCAUGAACAGCACCAAGAGGAAGAAUCAGAUCAGAGUCGUGCGCGGUGUGCAGGACCCUUUCUGCAACUCGGGCAAGAUUUAUAUUUAUGAUGGGCUUUAUCGCAUCGAAGAUUCUUGGAUGGACAUGGCGAAGAAUGGCUUCAAUGUUUUCAAGUACAAGCUGAGGAGGGAGCCGGGGCAACCUGAUGGAAUUUCAGUUUGGAAGAUGACUGAGAAGUGGAAAGCAAAUCCUGUCACAAGAGGAAGGUUCAUAACGCUGGAUUUGUCAUCAGAGAUUGAGAACCAACCUGUGUGCGUUGUCAACGAUGUCGACAAUGAAAAGGGGCCGAGCCACUUUGAAUAUGUUACUGGAGUGAAGUACUUGAGACCUCUUAGUAGGAAGAAGCCACUGCAAAACUGCAAGUGUCCUAGUGUGUGCUUGCCAGGUGACCCUAAUUGCUCAUGUAUGAAACAGAAUGGUGGCGAUCUUCCAUACAGCUCGUCUGGAGUGCUCGUGAAGCAUGUUCCGAUUCUUUAUGAGUGCUCUUCUGAUUGUCAUUGUUCGCAAGACUGUCGAAACAGGGUCGCGCAGAAGGGUGUUAAGCUGAACUUUGAGGUUUUCUGGACUGGAGACCGUGGGUGGGGUCUCCGGUCCUGGGACCCGAUCCGUGCUGGCACAUUCGUUUGUGAGUAUGCCGGUGAGGUCAUCGAUGAAACCAACAUGAACACAGAUGUCGAGGAACAUGAGUAUACCUUUCGCACAUCAUGUCCCGGUGAUAAGGUUCUAAGAUGGAAUCUGGGUGCAGAAUUACUUGAAGAAAAAAGUACAGAUGCCACAGCUGAGAGCUUUAGGCAAUUACCUAUCAUCAUGAGUGCAAAAGAUGCAGGCAAUGUAGCUCGUUUUCUGAACCAUAGCUGCUCCCCGAAUCUCCUCUGGCAAGCUGUGCAGUAUGACCAUGGCGAUGACAGUUACCCGCAUAUCAUGUUCUUCGCGAUGAAACAUAUCCCUCCCAUGACUGAACUGACCUAUGAUUAUGGUGCACGAGGGGCACCUCCUGGCAUCAAGGGCAAAUUUCCCCAAGCUUGCAAGCUCAACGCAUGCCUCUGUGGAUCUACAAAUUGCCGAGGUUCCUUCUGAUGCAAGAUAUGAUAGGAAAUUUGUGAAGUAAUGUACUAAACAAGGUUAUUGCGCUACAUGUAAGGUGCACCGUAGCGGAGUGCAGAAGGAGUCUUUUGCAAGGGAGUAACCAUCUCUGUAUUUUGGAUGAUGCUGGUGGCAAAGAGGCUGGUUAGCACUCAGCUGUGCCUAUGUUUAGUUAACCUUGCACUAUGCAAGUAUGCCAUGUAUAAAUCCUGCACUGCCCCUUUCUACUACCUCAGUUUGCUACUACUGUCAAUGGAAGCCAAGAAUGACCUUGUUGUACUUGUCCUGUUUGCUGCUUGAUGGUGCCAUG